GAGGCAUGGGGAGUCCUCCUCACACUUUCCUGAUGAGGAGAGAGGCUUAGGGGCCUGGGCAGGCCUGAGGGCACCGAGGAGGGAGUGUUGGAGCUGGGAGUGAUCUAGCAUCAGGGCACCCUGGAAUGGGAGCAGCCAUAGACACCAGAUGGCCAGGGUCCAAGAUCAGGGCCCUGGGAGACACGGGGAAGGGAACAUGGCCUCCCUGAGCCUGUCCUUGACCCUGCAGGAGGUGUCAUCUGUGAGGGCCAUCCAUGAGAUGGACCCGCAGGGAGCCCAGGAGAGGCAGCAGCAGCAGGGUGUCGUCCCCUUCCUGGGCAUGUUUCUCUAUCACCUGAAGCUGCUGGACAUUGGGAUGGAGGAUUAUCUGGAAGGAAAUCGGGUCAACUUCCAGAAAUGGUGUGAGAAAUUCAAACUCAUCAGGAGGAUCCAGCUGCUCCAGCAGGCUGCAAAUGCAUAUGACCUGGAGCCCGACGAGCGAUUUGGGGCCUGGUUCCAGGCCAUGGAGCCCAUCAGUGUCCAUGAGAGCUACUGGGUCUCCUGCCAGCUGGAGCCCACACACCAGAAGGCGAGCAAAAUGCGGCUCUUCAGGAGAAAGAAGAACCGGACAUCCUCCAGUUCAGGGCCAACCACCAUGCCCUUGGCGAUGAGCCGUCACACUCUGGAGACCACAAGUGCAGCUCCUCCUGACCAGCAGGGACACUGGGACCCUCGGGGUGCACCGGGCCAGCUCUUCCCACCCUGAGUGAACGAGGACAUCCUAAGAUUUUCCCUGGUUUCCCCUAAAGCCCCAGAGGGAGGGCACCACCCCCUCCAACUCCCUGACAUCUCCAUGCCAGCCACUGUUAACCCAUUGGGGAGGAGUGAUAUUAUUUCUUUAAUAGUAAAUGGUAGAUUUGACUCUUAACGUUAUAUCCUGUUUCUGUCACAACCUGGGUGUUGUGGUGUGGUUCUUUCACUUCUUAUGCUCAUGUAAAUGAGACACAGAAUCUCACUUUCCUCCUUGAAUUAAGAACUUGUGUAUGGUCACAGCUUAUUGUAUGUGGGAGAAGGGAGGAGGGCCAGCCUCCUCCCUGGCUACUGAAUGAAACCCUCAAGUCCCCCUUCCUCAGAGGACAGGUGGAUUUCAGUGUGGUUCACCUGGGCCAGGAGCAGAGACAGCCCCUCAGAUCUCCCUGGAUGUAGAGGUUGGAGGGACUUGCCCAGGCAGAGCAAUAACCACUGAAAUGUGGGUGUCUUUCAAAUAGCACUUACCAGGACCAUGUCCUUCCCCAGGACGGUGCUGUCUUUCUACAGCUUUCCAGGAAGAAGGAAUGUUUUUUGCUUCUCUUGUUGAGGUUUCUUUGAUCAGAUAUUGGAACUUGCCGUUUUCUAAUCAGUGUCUGGAUUCGCAUCAACACUA